UUUUUUCUCUCCUCCAGCCCUCCCCUCGCUUGUUUGAGAGUCCUCUGCUGGGGCUGGUGCAGUCUAAGGGAUGGGGGGUUAGAGCCAGCGACGUCAACUACCUGUGUGGCCCCCGCAUGGAGGAAAGUGGACAGGGAUGCGUUUGAUGGAGCAGUUUUAUGCGAGACUCGAAUGCCUCCUCAGCAUUUUACUGGGCAUGCCGACGUCACGACAUUUUACUGACUGCCAUAAAUAAGGCAUUGCAUGUGCCAACUAUAUUCUGUGAGUAUGCCUUUGUGAAGAAAGCUCGUCACCCUCGCCGGGAUUCCCCGUAACAUUUUCAACAAGAGACAAGGGAGGAAAAAAAAAACCCAGCAAAAAUGGACAAAGAAAGUAUUGGUACUCAAUACGAGCCUGUGGCCGAGAUCGGAGAGGGUGCAUACGGGAAAGUGUACAAGGCAAGGGAUUUGAAGAACGGGGGACGCUUUGUAGCCCUAAAAAGAGUUCGUGUCCAGACGGAGGAAGAGGGCAUGCCUCUCUCAACUAUCCGGGAGGUGGCGGUACUGAGGCAGUUGGAGGCCUUUGAGCACCCCAAUGUUGUAAGGUUGUUCGACGUCUGCACGGUCUCUCGGACUGACAGAGAAACCAAGCUCACGCUGGUGUUCGAGCAUGUGGAUCAGGACCUAACCACAUACCUGGAGAAGGCUCCUGACCCCGGCGUACCACCUGAGACCAUUAAGGAUAUGAUGUACCAGCUGCUUCAGGGGCUGGACUUCCUGCACUCGCACCGAGUGGUUCACCGUGACCUGAAGCCCCAGAAUAUUCUGGUGACCAGUGGAGGCCAGAUCAAGCUGGCAGACUUUGGUUUAGCCCGCAUCUACAGCUUCCAGAUGGCUCUCACGUCAGUGGUGGUGACGCUGUGGUACAGAGCUCCUGAAGUGCUGCUCCAGUCCAGUUACGCUACACCGGUGGACCUGUGGAGCGUUGGCUGCAUCUUCGCCGAAAUGUUCAGGAGGAGACCCCUUUUUCGAGGAAACUCUGAUGUAGAUCAGCUGGGAAAGAUCUUUGAUGUUGUUGGAGUACCUUCACCAGACGACUGGCCUCAAGAAGUGGCCUUACCACAGAGCGCCUUCACACCCCGACCCCCAAAGCCAAUAGAAGACCUGGUGCCAGACAUGGAUGAGGACGGACGAGGCCUGUUAAUGCAAUUUCUCACCUUCAACCCCUCCAGGAGGAUAUCUGCUUUCUCUGCGUUGACUCACCCCUACUUUCAAAGCGUGGACAGUAACAGCAGGAGUCUGUACGCUACCCAUUCAAUCCCCAGCAACAAACCCACUAUUGAGGAGAGGACAGCCUGAUAGUCCUCCUUACGCCUGCAACUAUCCCAAGCAGUGGCUAAAAGAAGUAUUUUUGUACCCAUUUUGUAUUUCUGGGUGUCUAGCUUACCGAAAACCAUUAAUUAAGCUUUUUGACACUUGCCAGUGGAAGACAGUCUUUAAGAUGCCCCCUUGCAUAAACGUUAGCCUUUUAUGCUAACAGACCAAAUCAAAUGUCAUAAUACAUUUGAUUUGGUCUCCAGCGCUGUUUUUUUUUUUUGUUUUUUGUUUUUUUUUGUUUUUUUUAGCUGGCUAGUUUUAGACCGCUUGAAGGUUCUCCUAUUGCCUUGGGUUGUAAGGUUUCUUCUGGAGUUGUAUUUAAUUCAUUUUUGAUCCUAACAAAUCCUAAGCAUUCUGCCAAAAAAAAAGCUAUUUCAACAUAGCGUUUCCAGCAUCUGGGUAGGCAUAAGUUAGCAUACCAAAAUGCUGUCCUCUUUUAUCUUUACCUUACUUUUAAUUUCCAAUAAGACAGUAAAGGUUCUUUAGUUUGCAGAAGCUCCUUUGUAGAUGCAGGUAUAUUUAAUUUAAGAAACAUGAGCCCGAUCCCCUCAGCCAACAGUGAUGGCUUCAGUCAGAGGUACGGCCUUAUUUAGGGUCAUUCUAUGCAGAGGUUUUGACAUCUACUUGUUAGACAUUAGGAUUUUUGUGAUGUUAAACAGGAAACCAUGUUAAAUCGUUCAAAAAAACCUGGCAUUUAUUCUGUGCAAUCCAACGGAUAAGUCGCUCAAAGUUUUCAAACUCUUAAACUGAUCUAACUUUAUUGAUGCAUCCUUUGAUCAACUUAAACUAGUCAGUCUUCUUUGGUAGGAGUGCAUCAGUAUCCCACAAAUUCACUUGGCAGUAUCUGCCCUUUUUACCUUGUCAAAUCCUUAAGAGUAUGUGGAAUGAACAGAAGACAGAAAUCUUCUUUUAUUAUUAUUCUUUGACUAUAGCCUUGGAUUCACCAUGAUGCUGGUGAAUCCAAUUUCAAAAACUGUUGAAAUUGAACCUAAACAUGUUUUCACAAACCUUCAGUUUAUGCAACAAGAUCAUUGCAGCUUGUUUUAUUUUUUACCCUUCUUCCGCGAAUGUUUUCACUUGACUUAUGCAAGAUAAAUUUCACAUUUUACAUUUCAAAACAACAUUUUAUCAGGGUUUUUUUUUUUUUUGACAGCCAGUGUGUCUGCAUGUCAAAAAGCUUAAUUAACUGCAGUUUUAUGUGUCAUAUAAAUGUAAAAUAUAAUUGAAUGAUGGGAGGGAAAUACUUUUUAUAUUCAAUGUAUAACACUCCUUCAAAAACAAAAACAAAAAAAAACAAACAAAAAAAAAACAAGAUAGCAAGAAGGCAUGAAAGCAGAUCAUGCCCUUGAACCAUGCACAAAAGCUGCCCUCCCGAGAACCAGUGGAUCUUAAUUGCUGCUUUUUAGGUUGUGAAAUGUUAUCUUAACAAUGCAAAUACAGGCCUGUGUCUUAUAUCGACUCCUAGAAUAGUCGAGAGGCCGGACAAGUUUUAGAGGCUGAAGCUUCUUCAUGACCAGUGUUUAGACUUUUCAGACUGCCCUCCUGUCUUGAGGACCAGACAGGGUCCGAAGAGGACAGCGUGGAUCUUACCUGCCUUCAUGCUCACUGUGGAAGUGUGCCGUAAGGGGACGAACAAUGGGAGUGCGCUCGCAAGUACUCAACCCAAGCAUGCUCAUGUACCUAUAAAGUCACAAGGAAUCACAAGCCAGCCUCUCACUGCCAUGUUCCUCGUCAUUCUAAUGUUAACUAUAAUAUUGCUGCCAUCUUGUGGGUAUCUAGAGUAACUGCAGACAAACCAGUAGCAGGAUUCUAAUGGUUGCUGCGCUCUUCAAAGACUCAAUAGGCUGAUCGUAACGGUGCUGAGACAAUGAAAACUGAUCCUGCCACUUACUUUAAGACUUUUGAAUGACUCUUUCUGUGCCAUUGUGGGAUUUUUAUCAUUAUAAGUUUCACUUAUUUACAAUCUAAACGACAGCGUAAUGCACAGGCUUGCUUUCUGUGGAUAAAGACCCACCAGCACUAUUCAUUAUGAAACAUUUGGCAAAGUGUUAUCAAAAAAAAUAUUCUGUAUUUAAUUUUAAUUUUAUUGACAAGUCUUAUAUGCUUUUUACUGGAUUUUAUGUAUUUCUUUUUAGAGUUUUUCUUAAUAAGCUGGGCAUACGGUAUUCUUACACCAAGUGCACCGACUCUGCUCACGAUCAGAGUUUGUGCAAGGAAUGUGUAGAAACUAGGUAUUGGUACUGUACAGUGUAUUUAGCUAGGUGCAACGACAGAAGCUGUCGAUGAAGCACAUAGAUAUGUCAUAAAAGUGGCUAGGUGUACGUAGAGUAGGCGAAGGUCUGUGGAAAGUUGUGUGAUGAGAACAUUUUGUUUCUUGAAAUUGUUGGGUGGAAUUAACGGAUCUCCUUUGCUGUGGAUUGAUUGUGGCUAUGAAUUUUACAGUAGUGUUAACAACGAGAUGAUAAACACAUUUUUAUUUACAGUUUUUGCUUUUACAUUAAUGUGCCGUUUUAUUGCAAUUCCGUUUUUUUUUUUUUUGUUUUUUUUUCUUUGUUUCUUGUAAAUGAUCAAGGAAAAGGCAACUUAUGCAGAGCUGUAUUUUUGUAUUUUGUAGUUCUUGCGGAACAGUAACAAUUUAACACUGGUUGGUUUAUGUUUUUUUCUAACAGGUAGUGCUACUAGCACACACACACACACACAAACACACUCAUUUUUCAACUCUCUCAGGUUUUUUCUGGAUGUCCAAAUCUCUUGGGCACAGUUUGCACAUCUCUUGGCUUACUAAGUGACCACAUAACAAUUCCUUCAGGUUUUCAGGUUUCCUCUCAAGCUGUCUCAUAAUGGUGUCUUUGAUUAUAGUCUACUGUUAAUACUAUUUAUCCAUUAUGUUACUGUAGUUGUUUCUGUUUGAAAUAGACUGUUAUUACCAGCAACUUGUAUUUGCCGAAAGGCGAGCAUAAUAGAUCUGCUUAACUAAACACUGUGUUCAUUUUCUAUUUGAUAGCAAGAUUUCUGAUGUUAAGUGCUCCAUAAUAAAGCUGCAUAAUUAUAAAGCUAUAAUUACUUUAGAAAUAGUGUUUUAUAAUUGAACUAAUGACAGUUUUUGUCAUCAAAGUUCAUGCAAUCAUUUCUAAGACUCGCCAUGUAACGCAUUUAAAUCUCAUGUCAGUUGUUCAUGUUUAAAAGCAGUUUAACAGUUUCAAAACAAGGAAUAUGGAAUACAUAAAUACAUCAUAUCAGUCAGAUUGGCAUAAUGUAUGAAUGCAUUGGUGUCAUAAUAUGGUGUUGCACCAGCUGAAUAAAAUGCAGAAUUUUGCAAAUGUUUUUUUUUUUUUAUUUGUCUAUGAAUGUGGUUCAAUAAAUCACCAUAACACCC